AUGCUCCUUCAAUCCUUCCUCAUAGCAUUGUCUGCCCCUGUGUUAUCCGCCUAUCGGUUCAAUCCCCUGGAGCAUUCUGCUGGCAUAGCACCCUAUUUCACCCCUCACGACCCCCCUCUCCAAUCUUCCCCUCCGCAAGGCUGCAACGUCACCAGAGCAGCUUAUCUUGUCCGCCAUGCUGCCAUUUACGCCAAUGAUUUCGACUAUGAAACAUACCUUGAGCCAUUGGUGAAGAAACUACAAAACACAUCGCAGAAUUGGUCGUCAACAAAGUCACUCCGCUUUUUAUCCAAUUGGACCGCACCGAUCAGUGAUGAGCAUAUCGAGAAAUUGACCCGUGUUGGGUUGCAAGAGGCACAGUCGCUAGGAGCCACUCUUCACAAGAAAUAUGCACACCUCAAAACACCCGAGAAAGUUUGGUCGUCGACUGCGGAACGGACCGUGAAGAGCGCCCAGAGCUUCAUUGCUGGAUUUACGAAAAAUCACACGAAUUUGGUCAAUCUGACCCAAGUCGAGGAGGACAAAAAAGCCGGUGCGGAUUCUUUGACACCGUACAAGGGCUGCUCCGCAUUUAGUUCCUCCUACGGGAGUGACCAAUCCUCCGCCUUCGGAAAAGUGUACACGAAGCCCAUCAUUGCUCGACUAAAUGCCGAAGCACGAUCCUUUAACUUCACCCAAGACGACAUUACCGCAAUGUUUGAGCUCUGCGGUUACGAGACCGUUAUUCGAGGCUCUUCGCCUUUUUGCUCCUUGAACCUAUUCUCUCCCGACGAAUGGCUAGGAUUUGAAUACGCGAACGACCUGAUGUAUUUCCACAACACCGGCUACGGUCGGCCGUUAUCUGCGAGUCUCGGAAUGCCCUGGAUAAAUGCCAGUGUCGCAGCACUAGACAAUGACACCUCGUCGCAGGAGCUAUUUGUCUCCUUCACUCACCGCGAGCUCCCACCUACGGUGAUCACUGCUCUCGGCCUGUAUAACAAUAGCGCGUAUACAGGAGCGAAUAACGUGAAUGAUACCAUGCCCGAAGAUAGAAUCAACUACAACCGCGCCUGGAAAAGCAGUGAGAUCCUCCCAUUCCUCACCAAUAUCGCUGUUGAGAAGAUGUCGUGCGAGAGCUAUGGAUUUGAUGAAGGAGACUACUAUCGAAUCUUGAAUAAUGCUGGACCUCAGCCAUUGGUGGGAUGCCGAGACGGACCUGGUGGAAGUUGUUCCAAGGAGCAAUUCCACGAGUUCGUGAAGGGAAGAGAUGAGUUGUUUGGGGAUUAUAACAAGGCUUGUGGGGGCAGUGACUUGUCCGGGUCCUUGUCUAUUUACAAGGUAUGA